AUGUCGACAGCCGUGCAAGCCUCCCCGGCCAAAGAGCUGGGCUUCUCCUACAAGCAGGGGGUCAACUGGUCCGAGUACCUGGACUUCCGCCCCGUCUAUCCGCCCUCGUUCUUCGAGCACAUCUACACCUACCACGCGCAGAAGCCAAACUCCUCCUGGUCCGUGGCCCACGACAUCGGCGCCGGCUGCGGCGUCGUCUCCGCCGGUCUCGCCUCCAAAUUCCCGCGUGUGAUCGUCUCCGAUCCAAACGACGGCUUCGUGACGCUCGCGCAGACCCUCCUGGAAAAAGACACAGCAUCGUCCUCAACCUCAUUCCGAUUCCUCCAAGAAGGCGCCGAAAAGAGCUCCGUCGACGCCGGCACCGUCGACGUAGCCAUCGCCGCCGAAUGCAUCCAGUGGACCGACACCGCGACUGCCAUCCGCGAGAUCCGGCGCGAGCUCAAAGUCGGCGGGACCUCGGUCAUCACGCACUACACCGUCCCGCGGAUCGUGGGCAACAACGAAGCCCAGAAAGUAUGGAAGGCGAUCUGGGACGAGUACGCGAGGCGCGCGACGGGCCCGCUGCUGGACCACGCGGUGUCGAUCGUCAACACGGCGCUGGACUGCCUCGAGUUUCCGGAGGGGGAGUGGGAGGGCGUGCGACGGAUCCACGUCAACGCGCAGGGGAGUCUGGAGAGCUACCGGCUCGACUCUCGGAGCAGGGAGAGCAAGGUCAGGGACUCGGAGGAGGUGGCGUGGGUGGAGGGGGACGACGACUGGGCGGACGAGCAGGGCCUGGCGUGGUUCAAGGGAUACCUGGCGACGUGGGUGCCUGUUGUGCCGGAGCAGGAGAUCCAGCAUCUGUGGGCUGAGUUGGAGACGGCGCUGGGUGGGCAGAAGGUGCGGAUUGAGACGCCGUUGACGAUUGUGUUUGCCACGAAGGCGUAG